AUGCUACACCCGCUUCCUCUACAAGCUACACACCCGCCUCCUCAACAAGGCUACACCCGCCUCCUCACCAAGGCUACACCGCGUCUCUACAAGGCUACACCGCCUCUCUACAAACUACACCCGCCUCCUCUACAAGGUACACCCGCCUCCUCUACAAAGGCUACACCCCUGCCUUCAACAAGGCUACACCGCGUCCUCAACAAGGCUACCCCACGUCCUCAACAAGGCUACCCGCCUCCUCUACAAAAUACACCCGCCUCCUCUAAAACUACACCACCUCCUCUACAAGGCUACACCGCCUCCUCUACAAAGGCUACACCCACCUCCUCAACAAGCUACACCCGCCUCCUCUACAAAGGCUACACCCGCCUCCUCAACAAAGGCUACCGCCUCUCCAACAAGUACACCGCGUCCUCACAAACUACACCGCCUCCUCAACAAGGCUACACCCGCCUUCUCUACAAGGCUACACCGCGUCCUCUACAAGGCUACACACACCGCCUCCUCAACAGGCUACACCGCGUCCUUAACAAGGCUACACCAGCGUCCUCUACAGCUCACCCGCGUCCUCAACAAGGCUACACCCGCGUCCUCAACAAGGUUACACCUACGAGCACACCACUUGCCUCCUCUACAAGCUACACCCGCCCUCCUCUACAAGGCUACACCCGCCUCCUCUACAAGGCUACACCCGCGUCCUCAACAAGCUAUAUCCGCGUCCUCAACAAGGCUACACCCGUCUCUACAAAGGCUACACCAGCGUCCUCAACAAAGGCUACACCCGCGUCCUCAACAAGGCUACACCCGCGUCCUCACAAAGGUUACCGCGUCAACAAGGCUACACCCGCCUCUCUACAGGCUACACCCGCCUCCUCUACAAGGCUACACCCCACGUCUCAACAAGGCUACACCCGCCUCCUCUACAAGACUACACCCGCGUCCUCAACAAGACACCCACCUUCUCUACGGCUACACCGCGUCCUCAACAAGGCUACACCCGCCUCAUCUAAGCUACACCCACCACCUCUACAAGGCUACACCAGCGCACUCCCAACAAGGCUACACCCGACUCUCUACAAGGCUACACCCGCCUCCACUAGCACAUGCCUCCUCUACAAACUACACCACCUCCUCCUAGGCUACACCCGCCUCCUCUACAAGCUACACCCGCCUCCUGUACAAACUACACCCGCCUCUCUACAAGGCUACACCCGCCUCCUCUACAAAGCUACACGUCUUAACAAGCUACACCCCCGUCCUCAAGCUACACCACCUCCUCAACAAGCCUACACCCCGUCCUCAACAAGCUACCACGUCUCAAGGCUACACCCGCGUCCUCAACAAGGCUACACCCGCCCUCCUCUACAAAGGCUACACCCGCGUCCUCAACAAGGCUACACCCGCCUCCCUCUACAAAGGCUACACCCGCGUCCUCCUAAGGCUACACCCGCGCUCCUCAACAAGGCUACACCCACGUCCUCUACAAAGGCUACACCGCGUCCUCAACAAGGCUACACCCGUUCUAACAAGGCUACACGCGUCCUCAACAAGGCUACACCGCGUCCUCAGGUUACCCGCGUCCUCAACAAGGUUACACCCGCGUCCUCCACAAGGCUACACCGCGUCCUCAACAGGCUACACCCGCGUCUCAACAAGGUUACACCCGCGUCUCCAACAAGGCUACACCGCCUCCUCUACAAGGCUACACCCGCGUCUCAACAAGGCUACGUCCUCAACAGGCUACACCCGCGUCCUCAACAAGUACCAACUACCCCAACCAAUGCCACCUAUGGACCAGUACCAACUACCUCAACCAAUGCCACCUAUGGACCAGUACCAAUCACCUCAACCAAUGCCUCCUAUGGACCAGUACCAACUACCUCAACCAAUGCCUCCUAUGGACCAGUACCAAUCACCCCAACCAAUGCCACCUAUGGACCAGUACCAACUACACCUCAACCAAUGCCACCUAUGGACCAGUACCAAUCACCUCAACCAAUGCCUCCUAUGGACCAGUACCACUAUAACCAAUGCCUCCUAUGGACCAGUACCAACCACUCAACCAAUGCUUCCUAUGGACCAGUACCAAUCACCUCAACCAAUGGCUCCUAUGGACCGGUACCAACCACCUCAACCAAUGCCUCCUAUGGACCAGUACCAACUACCUCAACCAAUGCCUCCUAUGGACCAGUACCAACCACCUCAAACCAAUGCCUCCUGUGGGCCCAUGCAACCACCUCAACAAUGCCUCCUAUGGACCACUUUCCAAAGGUCUUUCCAACUCCUAAUUCCACAUCUUGUGCUCGAAAACUUAAUGACAAUUGA